UCCUGAUGUUCCCGAUGUUGUGGAGUCAAAAGCCAGAGCCCAUUGUGUUCCUAUGCUGAAUAAUAAGCUGCCAGGCACACAGUUCCUUGCCCUGGAAGACAGUCCUGAAAAAGGAAAGGAAAGUAGAACCCUGCAGUGUGAAAUGAGGGAGACAAAGAUGCAGAGCAUAGAUAGUCAUCUCUUUUCGAGCCACCCCGUAACCAGAGAUGAGAGCGGUAAAGAGGAUGCUGUUCCUCAUCUUCUACCAGAGCAAGUGAAUGAGGUAGUAACAGAGGCAGAAUUGUCUGAUACUCAUUCCCAGCCAUCUCCAGCCAGUGCAGUCUGCGUCAGUGCUCACUUGGCUGGGAAACUACACAAGAAAGAAAUGCUGAGAGACCAGUUUUGUGCUGAAGAAGUCACCAGUGCAUCACAGUCCAGAGAAAGGGUGGAGGAGCAGGAGAAGAAUCAGAAGGAAGUGUUUAAUAGCUGUGAGGGUAUCAAGGAGGCAAAUAGUGAGCGACGACACCACUGUGAGGAGUGUGAUAAAACUUUUCUCCAGCUUUGCCACCUGAAGAAGCACCGGUUUGUACAUACUGAUCACAAACCAUUCCUGUGCCCAGAGUGUGGCAAGAGCUAUAGCUCAGAAGAGAGCUUCAAAGCACACACAUUGGGCCACAGAGGUGUACGGCCUUUCCCCUGCUCACAGUGCCACAAGACCUACGGCACCAAACGUGACCUGCAGGAACAUCAGGUGUUGCACACAGGCCAACGGCCUUUUGUCUGUCCAGAUUGCGGGAAAUCCUUUGCUCGCCGGCCUUCCCUUCGUAUUCAUCGCAAAACGCACCAAGCUAAGGAGCCAAACGCUUCUUCUGCAGCUGCCUGUCAGUGUGUGAUAUGUGGGCGACAACUGGCCAAUCCUGGAUCACUGCGCAACCACAUGAGGCUACACACAGGGGAACGUCCCUACACUUGCCCCUACUGCCCCAAGUCUUUCCGUCAGCAGGGCAAUUUGCGUGGGCAUCUUCGGCUUCAUACAGGGGAACGCCCAUACCGCUGUCACUUUUGUGGGGAUGCCUUCCCACAGCGCCCUGAGCUCCGCCGCCACCUGAUCUCCCACACAGGUGAGGCCCAUCUAUGCACAGUAUGUGGGAAAGCACUGCGUGACCCCCACACAUUGCGAGCUCAUGAGCGCCUGCACACAGGCGAGCGGCCUUUCCGCUGCCAUCUAUGUCCCAAAUCCUAUCCUCUAGCCACAAAGCUGCGGCGCCACCAGAAGGCUCACCAUGGUGACAAGCCCCACCAGUGUGGCAUUUGUGGUAUGGCUUAUGCUCUCCCCCGGAAUCUGCAGCACCAUCAGCUUGAACACAAAUCAAACCCAGGCAAGGAUGUAUUCAAGCCUUUCAUUAAGUGUCUGCAGGAGCUGCCAGAACAACCUAGAAUGCUGGUAGUGCACUCUGUGGACAUGGCAGCACCAGUGAACAAAGCAGAACUCAUCAUCGCCAAAGAUGGGCACUAUUUUGGAGCACAAGGGGACUCUGCCAGGCAGAAGGAUGUCGUUGAGAUCACACUCUCAGACGCUGAGGGAAAAUGCAUUAUUGUGCAGGAGCCGGGCUCCCCCAGCGGUAUGUUCAUUAUUCAGGAGGGUGUGGGUUUCAAUACAGUGGCUGAAGUGGUUGAAGUAGAAGUGGGGACGUGA